AUGACAUUCUCGAACAUUACUGAUGAUUGGACGAUUCAAUCCACUGUGGAAAGUACUUCUGGUGUGGAAGCCAUGGAUGCCACGGUCGUGGACCAACCCACCACAUUUAAUGUACUUAAGCUUUCUGUGAAUCCCAAGUACGACUCGGUGGGCAUCAAUUCAGCCAACAAAAUUUGGACUUCUGCUUGUGUUUCGAUUGAAGCUUCUGACAUGCCAGAAGAAAUGAAUGAUCGAACCAGCGCUUUGGAUAUUGUGGUUGCUUUGGAUAUCUCUGGUUCCAUGUCCGGUCAAAAGCUUAAUGAUUGUAAGAGUACCUUGGAAGCGAUGUUGCGACCGCUUGGCUCGAAGGAUCGUUUUGGCUUAAUUGUCUUUGGGAGCCGUGUGAGGGUUAUCAUUCCAGCUGCGAUCAUGAACAAGGAAAAUAAGGAGAGUGCAUUGAACCAGAUCAAACAAAUCAACACCGAAGGCUGCACCAACCUAUCUGGUGGUCUGAUGAUGGCAUGGAAAGAACUCUUGCUCAUUUGCAACCCAAACUCUGUUCGCUCUCUCUUUUUGCUGACUGAUGGUCUGGCAAACGAAGGCAUCCAGAAUACCAACACUUUGGUGCAAACAGUAAAUCGUCUCACCGCGGACUCUGCCACAGGCGUGUCUGCUGCAUUAACCGACGGCCUGUGGACGAGUAGCACUAUAAGUGCUCAAUUGGUCGUCAAUGCCCAACUAGAUAUCACAGCGGAAAAUAUCCAAGCACCCGUCUCGUUGUUCUGUUUCGGAUAUGGGUCCGACCAUAACUCCGACAUGCUCCAAGGUCUCUCGGAAGCAACAGCUGGUGGAGGUUACUAUUUUGUGGAAAACGAUUCCGAUGUAUACGCUGCAUUUGGAGAUGCCAUGGGUGGCAUCAUGUCCAUCAUGGCACAAAGCGCCGUGCUAAAGGUUUCUGUCCCUUCUGAGGCAGCCACCAACGGAGUCAAGAUUCGCGACGUCCAUCAUGACAAAAAGAUUAAUCGAGGUGAUGGUACUUUUACUGUCAAUAUUGGUGAUUUCUAUGCUGAAGAACACCGGGACGUGAUUGUGGACUUUGAUCUUUCCAAUGUCGCGAGUGACGAGCCCGUCCCACAUUUCGUUGCGUCGCUUUCGUACAUGGAGGUCUUGAGCAAGAAGCCUGCACAAACAGAGCCACGAAGCUGCAAUGUUGCCCGUCCAGAUAGCAAUGAGAUCUCAGCCAUUAAAAAAUACGUCGAGAGCCAAUGGAUGCGAAUCUGGGUCGCUCGAGAAUUGGAAGAGGCUGACAGAGAAGCAAGAAACAAUCAGCGUGCCCAAGCCGAGGCCCGUCUGCAAAACAUGGCUGCUGCAAUCAAAGCAUCGGAAGCCUAUGACAAGGAUGACGAAACAUUCUCAAAGUUGGAACUCAAGCUUUGUCAUGCCAUGCAAGACUACGAAGAAGUCACAUACAGUGGGCAUCGAUCCAAGAAUAUGUACCGAUCUAUGAAGCAGCAACGCGCGUGUGCUUCUACAUCAGGCGUCGACGCUUGCUAUCAGAAUAAAUACAAGAUGAAGAUGUCCAAUGCCUUCAAGAAGCCCUAG